AUGCCUCCAGCAGCCGGAUCCGAAGACGCCACAGGCCUCCUGAGGAAGGCGUUAGGAGAACUGCUGGCCGGUCGAGAAGACCCAGAAGGUUUCUUCGGAACCUGCGUCUCGCUCCUAGGACAAGAAGAGACCCGCGCGCAGUUUUUCUCUCUCAUCCGACCCCUGACCACACUUAACACGUCUCUGCACUCCACCCUUACCUCCAUCUACCUGCAGUAUUUCUCCGUGGAUGAAAAUGAUGAGCUCGAGAUUGCCAUGGCUCUCUCUCUCCUAGAGGUUAAAGGUCAGCAACAGGCCACUGCAAGCACCGAGUCCAGGCCUGCGAGUCCUAAGGGCAGACAGAGUCAGUCUACAGGUCACCCUCGCUCAGUCUCGCAGCACGGGGGGACCAGUUAUGCUCAAGUAGCAGCAGGUGAGAAGAAGAGCCUCAACAGAGAGUCCCCACAGACUGGAACUCGGGGUGAGUUUAGGCCACCGCAGACCUCUGGUGACACCCUGCUUCAGAAAGACGUAAAGGGGGCAUUCACUACAAGCCAGAAUCCCUGCGACUCAACCGUUUCCCUCGUAUCAGCUUCCGCACACAACACUGCAAGGGAAGCUGAGCCAGUGGUGGACAGAGACUCAGACCGAGGCGAGUCCGAGAAGCUUAAGCGCCCCAAGAAUAGACGACAGCGACGAAAGGGCCGCGGACAGCAUGUGGUGGGUUUGUCCCGCUCACCCUCGGCUCCGCCACCUGUGCUGCUGUGGUUUCGCAGGGAUUUGCGACUCUGCGACAACCCUGCUCUAACUGGCUCUCUGGAGUUGGGUGUGCCUGUUAUACCUGUCUUUAUCUGGUGCCCCAGUGAGGAGGAAGGGUCAGGGGUUACCGUGGCAGUCGGGGGAGCUAGUAAGUACUGGCUCCAUCAAGCUUUGUCCUGUCUCUGCUCGUCUCUGGAAAACAUCGGCAGCCAUCUUGUCUUCCUUAAGGCGGACAAAGAUGCACAAGGGGAUGGAUCGUCUCUGUGGACCCUAAGAGGGCUCGUCAAAGCGACUGGGGCAAAGACGGUGCUGGCUAGUGCCCUUUAUGAGCCCUGGCUGAAGGAGAGGGAUGACGCGGUGGUGUCGGCUCUUCGGAGAGAUGGCGUGGAAUGCAGGAUGGUCCACUCCUACUGUCUCAGAGACCCUUACUCUGUCAGCACAGAAGGGGUGGGGCUACGAGGUAUCGGGUCAGUGUCUCACUUUAUGAGUUGCUGUCAGCAAAACCCAAGCUCUGGGUUGGGUGUCCCCCUGGACCCUCCUGUAUCUUUGCCCACACCGUCCCACUGGCCUCAGGGAGUACCUCUGGAGAUGCUGGGCCUAGCUCGCAUGCCCCGCAGGAAAGAUGGCACUGUGAUUGAUUGGGCAGCUAACAUCCGCAGCUCCUGGGACUUCAGCGAGGAAGGCGCUCAUGCUCGGCUAGAGGCCUUUCUUCAUGAUGGUGUGUACAGAUACGAAAAGGAGUCGGGGAGGGCAGAUUUACCAAACACGAGUUGCUUGUCUCCCUACCUCCACUUUGGACAGCUCAGUCCACGCUGGUUGCUGUGGGAUGCCAAGGGAGCACGCUGCAGAUCUCCCAAGUUCCAACGCAAACUGGCCUGGAGGGAUCUGGCUUACUGGCAGCUAACACUAUUCCCUGACCUACCCUGGGAGUCCCUCAGGCCUCCGUACAAGGCUCUGCGCUGGAGCAAGGAGCGUGGCCACUUGAAGGCUUGGCAGCAUGGAAGGACGGGCUAUCCUCUGGUGGAUGCAGCCAUGAGGCAGCUGUGGCUAUCAGGAUGGAUGAACAACUACAUGAGACACGUGGUGGCAUCCUUCCUCAUAGCAUACCUGCACCUGCCUUGGCAAGAGGGUUAUCGCUGGUUCCAGGAUACUCUGGUGGAUGCAGAUGUUGCCAUAGACGCUAUGAUGUGGCAGAAUGGUGGCAUGUGUGGGCUUGACCACUGGAACUUUGUCAUGCACCCUGUUGAUGCGGCAAUGACCUGCGACCCUAAUGGCAGCUAUGUUAGGAAAUGGUGCCCUGAACUCGCAGAGCUGCCUGAUGAGCUCAUUCACAAACCCUGGCAAUGUCCGUCCUCCAUCCUGCGCCGCGCAGGUGUGGCGUUUGGUCAGAACUACCCUGAGCGAAUAGUCACAGACCUAGAGAUGAGGAGGAGCCAGUCUCUGCAGGAUGUCGCUCUGGUGCGAAGGGAGUUUAAGGAGUUUGUGGACAAGCGCACAGGGUGUGACUUAGUUCCUCUACCCCCGCGCCUGGUCUCUGAGGCCUUGGGCCUCUGGGAGAGUAAUGGGGAUGUGGUGAAUACAGGAAAGCAGUUCCUUCUGCCUGUCAUUACUCGCAUGGAGUUCAAGCACCAGUCAGAUGAUCCCGACGCAGAUGCCGCUUCUAAUCCAUACAAUUCGGUGUUGAGGGGCUACGUGAGCCGCAAGCGGGAUGAGACUAUUGCCUUCCUUAAUGAGAGAGACUUCACUGCCAGUGUGAUGCAUGAGGGAGCCCAGAGAAAGGAGAGGUCAGAGAGCGACUAUCGCAGGAUGGAGGGUAUUCCUCAGCCUCCUGCACCUCGGGGAAGGGCCAGGAGAACUCCUGCAGCAAAGGACAGAUUCUCCAUAGUACCUGGAGGUGUGGUUACCUCACGCAGAUGAUCCCGAGAUACGGGGAUGAAUGUUUUGAGGUAGCCACAACCAGAUCGU